AUAAAGUAUUUCAAGUGUGUUCUCGUAUGUGGCCACCUCGCAUUGCCAAAAUUAAAGUUUAGCGAAACGAAAUGUUUACACAAUAUUUUAUAACAUCUACGUUUAUAUAAUAAAGUAGUUACGAGUGUUGAACAAAAUUCACACAAUGCUUUUCGCCAUGUUUGAGAUAAUAUAAAGCAAACGUUGGGUCGCACAAAUCUUUAAGCAGUGCUAUAAAGAAUAUCAUCGUAAUGUCAAGGUUAUUUGCUUCAUGGAUUUAAAGAAAAAUCUCCGUAAUCGAUAGAAAUGCAGCGCAACAUACUACAAGCAGUGAGUUUCCAGGUGUUGCACAGACGUUUCUUCAAGAAGCAUCAUGUCAGGGUUAGAUUCGCGCCCAGUCCCACCGGUUAUCUGCACCUGGGGGGAUUGCGUACUGCAUUGUACAAUUAUUUAUUCGCACGUAGCCAACAGGGUGCCUUCAUCCUGAGAAUUGAAGAUACUGAUCAAACAAGAAUAGUUCCAGGAGCAAUGAAAAAGUUGCAGGACGAUCUGUCAUGGGCAGGAAUUAUAUCCGAUGAAGAUCCCAUCAGAGGUGGUCCCCUUGGACCUUAUAUACAAUCAGGAAGACUUGAAUUAUACCAGAAACAAGUACUUAAACUCUUAGACAAUGGAUCUGCUUAUUAUUGCUUUUGUACGGAGCAGAGACUAGCCUUGAUAAAGAAUGAAGCAUUGAGAUGCAGGCAAGUACCCAAAUAUGAUAACAGGUGUCGACAUUACAGCAAAGAUGAAGUGAAAGAAAUGCUAAAAAAAAACCUUACCUAUUGUGUUAGGUUUAAGUUACCGUCUACUCCGGAAUCUUUUCAUGAUAUGGUAUAUGGAGACAUAUUACACGAUAUUAGCAAAACUGAAGGGGAUCCGGUUAUCAUUAAAUCAGAUGGCUAUCCUACUUAUCAUUUUGCGAAUGUAGUGGAUGAUCAUUUCAUGGAGAUUUCUCAUGUCUUGCGAGGUGUUGAGUGGCAAGUGUCCACAUCCAAGCACAUCAUGCUUUAUAAAGCGUUUGGUUGGGAUCCUCCCGCUUAUGGGCACUUACCUUUAAUAUUGAACACAGAUAGGUCCAAGCUAUCGAAAAGACAAAGCGAUAUAGAUAUCGAAUCGUUCAGGAAACAGGGUAUCUUUCCAUUGGCGUUAGUGAACUAUGUGAUAAGCGCCGGUGGUGGUGGUUUUCACAGAGAAGAGGAAGACCAAAUCCUUUAUAGUUACGAGGAGUUGAUUAAAAAGUUCGAUAUCAGUAAAAUAAAGCUGAGCUCCGGCAAACUUAUGCCCGAGAAACUGUUAGAAUUUAAUAAAUUGGAAAUCACGAAUCUGCUAAAAGAUGAGGAGAAUCACAGUUUCUUGAUCGAAAGAGUUAAGAGAUUAGUGCAAGAAGCGUUUCCUGAACAGAGAAAUGAUGGAAGUUUGCAGUUAGACGAUCAUCACAUAAUUACAACGUUGAAAUGGGCGCAGAACAGAAUAUGUAAUCUCAACGAUCUCGUCAAGGCACAACUGGCAUUUUUGUGGAUCGUUCCAGUUUCUGCAGCAAGCACCAAGCAAAUUGAAUGUUCAGAUGCCAUUAAGCUGUUGAAUGCAGAGUUGGUUGAAAUGGAUGUGAACAACUAUAAGACCGACUGGAUUGGCCCAUAUUUAAGAAACUUCGCUGAUAAUAAGGGAAUUCCGUUUGCCGCUUUGAUGAAAAAUCUAAGGAGCAUUUUAAGCGGCGCGAAGGAUGGGCCACCUGUCGCUGAGAUGAUGGAAAUCUUGGGAAAAGACAGGACAUUAUUGCGAUUGCGACGCUUCGUUUCCUGAGACUUUAUAUUACAUCACAUGUUUAAUCACAAAUUGUAUUUGUGAAAGUAAAUCACUUAAAGAUGUAAAUUCAACAUGUAUGUUUACAGAAAGGAUAUGACGAUCCCUUGUGAGCUUAGUAAUAUGAUUAAAGUAUCUUCUUCUAAUAAUUA